UGGAGACUAAAAAAUUUGCCUCUUACCGACAAAAUUUUAAGAAAACUAAAAGAACGAGCAAGCAUAAUUAAAGCAGUUGUAUAUAAAUCGACGAUAAGGGCUAGGCAACUAAUUCGUGCUGAUUAGUUUAAAGAAAAGGAAAUAUGAGCCCAUUCACAGAGAAAUUGAAAGAAGGAGAUGAAGAAGUUGCAACUUUAGUACCAUCUUCAGCAGCAGCAAACGUUCAAGAAAUGGUAAGGAUGGACCCUUCUCAGGUCCCUGAAAGGUACCUUAUAAUUGAUCAGAAUCAACAAGACAUGCCCAAAAUAGCAGAUUUGUCUCAUCUCUCUUCUCAGAUUCCUAUUAUUGAUCUUUCCUCACUCACAAAAGAGAACAAAGAGGAACUCAUCAAACUGGAUUUGGCUUGCAAAGACUGGGGAUUUUUUCAGAUAAUAAAUCAUGGAGUAGCAAGGGAAGUGUUGCAGGGAAUGAAGGAUGUGGCAGCAAAGUUUUUUGAUCUUCCACUUGAAGAGAAGAAUAAAAUUCCCUUGCCAUCCAAUGACGUACAAGGCUAUGGACGUGAAUUUGCAGUUCCAGGUCAGACACUGGACUGGUCGGAUGCUCUACUUCUCUUUGUUCACCCUGCCAACUCUGUCAACUUUACCCUCUGGCCCAAAAAACCAUCGGAAUUCAAAGAAACUGUCCAAGCAUAUUCAAGUGAAGUGAAAAGAGUAGCAAAGGAGCUUCUGGGUUCUCUAUCUUUGAUAAUGGGAAUGGAAAAGCAGAGUCUUCUGGAGAUAAUGAACAAAGAUUUUACACAAUUAUUUCGUUUAUCAUAUUAUCCUCCAUGUUGCAUGCCUGAUAAAGUAGUAGGUUUAAGUCCACACUCAGACAUAGGCACCCUAACUAUACUCAUGCAAGAAGACCAUGUAAACGGGCUACAGAUUCGACACCAAGGUAUCUGGGUUCCAGUGAAUCCUAUUCCGAAUUCUCUCAUUGUCAACAUCGGUGAUAUGAUUGAGAUAUGGAGCAAUGGCAAAUAUAAGAGCAUCGAGCACAGAGUUGUGACAAAUGAUUCGAAGCCAAGGAUAUCAUGUGCAACGUUUAUCUCUCCUUUUGUUGAUGUUGAAGUUCAGCCACUUGAUCAUAUGGUAGAUUUGCAAGGUGGGUUCCCGCCAAUGUAUAAGAAAGUCAGAUAUGGAGACUAUAGGUUGCAAUCAUUGAAGAGAAAAUUGGAGAGGAAAACCCAGCUUAAAACAGCAAAGGGUGAAAGUUGAAGCAGAAAAUUUUUGUCUUCAAGAAGUUCGAGCUAAGAUGUAAGAAUUUAAUUAUAUGUUUGAACCUUAUUCCAAUAAGACCCUUGAAUGUUACACAUAUAGCAAAUUGUUAUAGCUUUUGCCUUUUUGGCCUCUGCUUAAAGAUUAUAUCAUCACAAUGACAAUGAAAAGCCAGUGAUAAUAUUCCUUAAGUUCCAAAAACCCUGCUUUCGAUAAUAAUAGGAG